UCCACUACCGCUCCUACAGUAAAUAUUUGUGUUUGCUCAACCCGGCUGUAAUGGUGGACGACUGAAGCAGGGGAAACGGAAUACAACUAGAGAGAAGAAAGAGGAACACGGUUUGAAAGUCUGUUUCAGAGCCAAGUCGACACGGACUUCGUCGAAAAUGGAUGAACUCAAACAUCAAGUCAUGAUUAACCAGUUCGUCCUGACGGCGGGUUGUGCGGCAGACCAGGCGAAGCAGCUUUUGCAGGCGGCACAUUGGCAGUUCGAGACUGCUCUCAGUGCCUUUUUUCAAGAAACAAAUAUUCCAUAUGGCCAUCAUCAUCAAAUGAUGUGCACCCCAGCCAACACACCAGCGACGCCCCCAAACUUCCCGGACGCGUUGACCAUGUUCUCUAGGCUGAAGGCGUCUGAGAGCUUCAACAGCGGCAGCGGCGGCAGCCCCAUGGCAGCGUCCAUGGCCACCUCACCCCCACCACCCCAGAUCGGCGGCUGGGGCGUCUCACCAAACGUACCUAAUGUGCCGCAGCCUCCACAGGGACUCUGGACUCAGGGGCAACCCCCCACGCAGCCCUGCCCCGCCUGGCCCACGGGGGUGAACCCUCACACAGGCGCGGAGCAGAAAGCUAGUGUAGCAAUGGAGGCAGAGAGAUGAAGGGCAGCACAGGACUGAAAACAACCCCCUUUUCCAACUUGGAGGGGAGGGGGGAGGAGGGAGGGGGUUAAUAGGGUGGUGAAAAUGUCGGUAUAAAGGGGUUUGGGCUUUUUUUCCCAGAAAGACAGAUGGAUAUGGAAUCUACGCAAACAAAGAAAAACUCAACAUGGACAAUUUAAGAAGAGGAGAAAAAAACCAAUGCAAAAUAUCAGUACAAAAAUAGACAACAAAAAAAAAGAAAUGCACACAUAUAGUAAUAAGAGAGCAAAUGAAAUCUUUGUUAGUUUUUCCUAAGUAAAAGCAUAGAUAAGAGAAAUAUUAUUGAAC